AUGAGGCCGGUGGACUACGCUGUAGGGUACAACAAUCCCCGGGACGUGAGAAGCUCGGAAAAGCGACGCGUUGUGGAGCUGCUACUGGACAGCAAGGCGGACAUCACGACGAGAAAAGGACGGGAGGCGUGGAGCGCUCUCGGGGUAGCCAUCUCCGCUGGCAGCGUAGAGAUGGUCAAGCUGCUGCUCGACCGUGGGGGCGACAUCGAACAGGGCCCAAUGCUCCUGCCCCCUCUGUGCUUCGCCGCAUCCGAGAGUCAGGAGGGAGUGGUCCAGCUGCUUAUAGGACGGGGCGUAUCUCUCCAAGAAACGGACAAACACUAUGGGCGCAAUGCACUCUCGUGGGCAGCCGCUAGGGGAAACGAAGCGGUAUUUGACCGGCUGCUGAAGGCUCCUGCGAUCGGAUGGGACGAUGCGGACUGGCUGGGCAGGACUCCUAUCUUCUAUACUAUCAUCACAGGAAAUAAAGGCUUCUUCAAGAGGCUGAUGUCACGGGGCAGUGACGUUCACCGGCGGGAUCGAUUUGGUCUGACGCCGUUGUUCCUGGCUGUCCAACGCGGCCAUGAAGAUCUAGUCCGGCAUAUCCUCAGCAGCCGUCCACUAGAAGAGGAGCCACGGGAUCGAUAUGGGCGAAGUCUGACAUGGUGGAUGCAGAACACGGGAAAUACCAGGCUGCGAGACCCCCUCGUGCAGUGCGGUAUGCAGCUGGAAGCUUCAUGGGGUGGACAACACCCGACCUUGCGAAGGUCUAAGGGAUCAUGCGAUGUCUGCACUCUUAACAUUACCUGUUAUAGUCAAAGCAUCACGAGUGGUUCUGGACGUGAGGGAUACAAAAUAUGCUCUGUGUGCUGCAAGUUUGGAGCUGGCCGUGCGGACUUUGCGGGGGUGUAA